AUGGAACGAAAUAUGAAUGAAUAUAGUGAAUUAUUUUAUCAUUGUGUACAAGUAUUAAAUGAAUAUAAUAAUAAUGUAUCAGAAGAAAUAUUUUUAAAAGAAUAUUUUAAAUUAAAUAAAGUUUCUAAUCAAUCAUUUAUAUUGACAGUAUUAAUUGAUUGUACACGUCAUUCAGAAUUACUUCAAACAAUAGUAGAUAUUUUUUAUAAAAUAAAUGGUAUUAAUAUACGAAGAUCUGAACAAAAUAUUUAUAAAGUUCUUACUUAUAUUAUUAUUUUUCAACUUGAUUCUGUUGGUUUGAAACUUUUACGAGGAUUUAUUUAUUCAGUACAGUUAUAUCAAGUGCAUCAGUUUUUACAAUUUCUUGUAAAUGAAGAUUAUAUUUCAAUUAUCGAAACAGAAUGUUUGAAAUUAUACGACGAAGAAUAUGUCGAUGAAAAAAUUCUUCGAAUUAUUGAAAAAUAUCGUCCAACUUUACGUGGUAUUUUACUUGAUCUUAAUAAUAAAAUGGAAGGUCGUACAGCAGUACGCCAAUUACCAGAACUAACUAAAAUCAAACCAUUUAAUCUUACUGCAUCAAAAGAACGAAUUAUUCCUAUGCCAAAAAUUAUACCAAAAAUGGAAAAAUGUCGACCACCACCAAAAUCAACUUAUGAAUCAUCAAAAGAACAAAAUGAAUUAGAACAAAUACGUGAACAAAAUCAUCAACAGGGUUUAUAUAAAUUAAAUCAAACACAAUCAUUAUCCUAUCAUUUUAUGAAAACAGACAAAUCAAAUAAAACUCAAAUUAAACAAACUAAAAUUAUUGAAGAAAAUGAAAAAAAUCUUCAUUUUGAACAAUUUCGAGCUCAUCCAUCAUCAAAAUCUCAGACAAAUAAAAUUCCAGUUAAAUUAAAUGUAGCUGCCAUACUUAAAGAAAAUCAAUUAUUUAAAAAACAAGAAGAAAAUGUUCGUCAACGUUUACUUGAUUUUGAAGCUGGUGGAAAAGAUGCACAUGAAUUUUUUCAAUGGCAAGAAGCAAUGCAAAAACAAGAUUAUGAACAAGAAAUAAAUGCUAUUGAACGUAAAAGAUUAGAAGGAAAAAUAAGUUAUGAAGAAGCUAUACUUGCAAGACAACGUUUAACAGAUGAAAAUCGACGAAUAGCUGAUGAAAUUAAACGUCAAACACGUGAAGCUAUUGAAAAUCAUGUUAAAGAAAAACUUAAAGAAGAACAAAGAAUGAAACAAUUAAUUGAAGAUGUUGUUAAUGGACGAGAUAAUGCAAAAGUUGCACAACAAAAACUUCAACAAUAUAAAACAGAUUUUGUUAAACAAUAUAAAGAAGAAAUAAAACAAUUAAUGAAACAAGCACUUGAAGAGGCCGAAAUAGAAAUGCGACAACGUGCUGAAUUAAUAAAACAAAUUCGAACUUUUGAAUUAUUACCAAUCGAUCGAUGGAAACCUAUUGAUUUAACAUCUGUACCUGGUUAUGGUUUACAUGAUGAAAUGUCUCUAGUUGAAUUACAUGAACGUCUUGAAUUAAUUAAACUUGAACGAGAAAAAGAACGUGAAUUACGUCGUGAUCAAAUUGUUAAAGAAAAACAAAUAAAAGAAAAAAUGAUAACAAAUACAAUACAAAAUAUAGCGAAAUAUAGAAAUGAUUUAACAGCACAAGCUAUUCUAAAAAAACAAAGAAAUAUAAGUGAACCAGUAAUUGUUGAUAAAAAUAAUUCAGAACUUCAACAAUUAAAAAAUCAUUUAGAAACAAAAAGAGCUCAACGUUUAUCAAGUCAACAACAACGAGAAUCUGUUCUAUCAUCUGGAAUAUUUUCUAAAUCUUAUACUUCAUUUAAAUCAAGUAUCGAAUGGAAUCGUUUUGAUCAAAUUAUGGAACGAUUACGUCGAAAAUUUUUUAAAUCAAAAAAAUCUAUUAAAUCAACAAUUAAUGAUCCAAGAAAAAAAGAUGAUGAUGAUGAAAUCUAUCUUGAACCAGAAUAUGAUGAAACUUCAAAUAUUAUUUCAAAUUUUGAUGCUAUUGCCGAUGAAUUACUCACUAUUGCAAAAAAAUCAUCUCAUACAAUUCGUUUAUCAAAAACACGUGAUGAUCUAUUAACUAUAAAAACAAUGAUAACACGAAAAUUAACUGAAAAUACUAAAGAACUUUAUAAUGCAAAUAAAAAAAUUGAUUUAUUAAAACGACGUUUACAUAAACAAGCAAUUGAUAUUGAUCAUGAAGGUUCAUUGAGUACACGAUACAAUCGUUCUUUAGCAAGCGACCAUAGCAUGGCCGAUUCAGCAUCAUGUUAUUCAAUAUGGUCACCAACUAGUAGUAUAUUAAGUUCAUCAAUAACAACUCCAACAUUUCGUCGACGUUUGGCUGAAGUAUCUGUAUCAAAUAUAAAUUAUUCAUCAAUAAUUCAAGAACAUUUUGUUUAUUUAUAUCAACAAUUAUGUUCAAAUUGUUCAAAAUGUUCAUGUUAUCAAACAUUUAUACGUAAUCAUAUUGAAUUAGAAUAUUUAUCAAUAUGUUCAUAUAAUGAACAAUUAAAAUGUGAAAAUGAUUUAUUACAACGUCUUUUAGCUGAUUGUAAAUAUUCAUAUGAACAACAAUAUGUUUUAUUUUGUCAAUAUGAACAAUAUUUAAUUGAAUAUGAACAAUGUAUACAAAUUCAAUAUGAACUUAUAAAAACAUUUCAACAAUUAAUUGAUCGUUUUCAAAUAAUAUUUGAUAAACGAAAACGUGAUGAUGAUAAUCAUGAAAUUCAUAUUUAUCAAAAAAUUAAUGAUGUUACAAAUGUAGGAAUAAAUCAAGAUGUAGAAAAUGCUGAACUUUAUCGUAUGAUAUCUAUUUUACAUGAACAAUGUCAACGACAUUUAUCUCAAUUACCUAAACGAGCACAAUUAUUUUCCUAUUCACAAGAACAAUUUCAUCCACCACCGAAUAUAUCUGGUAUUGUUGAUAUAGCUGAUCUUGAAAUAUCAAUAUUACUUGUUGAUUUAUUAACAUUAAAACAUGAAAAUAGUGAAUUACGUUGGACAAAUAAUUAUUUAUUACGUGAAAAAAAAAUUUAUAAAACAAAAAUUGAUUUAUUAGAAUUAACAAAUAAAUAUUUUCGAAUAAAUAAUGAAGAUAAUUUAUUAAUAAAAAAUUCUAAUAAUGAACUUAUACAACGUGAAAAAACACUUCGUUUAUAUGUUUAUCGUUUAUAUGAUUUACUUCAAAUAACAUCAAAACAACUUCAAGAACGACAAAUUUAUUAUGAAAAUCUUAUAUAUCAAUUUAAAAUACGUCAUAGAGAACUUAUUGAAUAUAUAAGACGAAUAGAACAAAAUAAAAAACAUAUGAAAUAA